AUGGUUGAACCUAAAUUACAAGACGAUCUUUUCGUCAUUCUAGUUCGAUAUCGAUCCCAUAUUUACGCCCUUACUGCUGACAUAGAAAAAAUGUAUCGACAAAUACUUGUUCAUCCUGACGAUGUCAAGUAUCAAAAAAUUCUAUUUCGAGAAAGCAGGGACGAAACUAUCAAAAUUUAUACUUUGAAUACCGUAACCUAUGGAACUUCUGCUGGUUCAUACCUUGCAAUUAAAUCCCUACAGCAAUUAGGAGAAGACGAACGCGAAUCUUAUCCUAAUGCUUCUGUAAUAUUGCAAAAUGAUUUUUACGUAGACGAUCUUCUGUCGGGAGCUGAAACUUUACCUAAAGCAAAGGCUCUUCGUAAUGAAUUAAAUGCUUUAUUAGCAAAAGGAGGCUUCCACCUUCGCAAAUGGGCCUCUAAUCAUCCCUCUCUCUCUGAUAAUGCUUCAAAUUGUGGAGGAAGUAUGAGCAAAUCUCUCGAUUCUGAUACUACUAGUAAAACACUGGGAAUUCACUGGAGACCAUCCAGUGAUACUCUAUGUUACUCCGUAAAAAUAUCCGAUUCCAAGGCAACCAAGCGGGCAAUCUUGUCAGAAAUCGCUAAAUUGUUCGAUCCGCUAGGUUUGCUAGGUCCAGUUAUAGUAUAUGCAAAAAUCAUGAUGCAGUUAUGCUGGAAAUCCGGAAUUACUUGGGAUGAAUCUGUUCCUCAGGAAAUUCAUAAUACCUGGGAAUUAUAUAAAUCACAAUUGCCCGUAUUGGAGACAUUAAGAUUCACGCGAUGCCUUUUAGUAGAGAAUGCAAGUAAUCUGCAAAUUCACGGAUUCUGUGAUGCCAGUGAAAAGGCAUAUGGCGCCUGUAUUUAUUUUCGAUCUACUAGUCCCAACGGCAAGGUCUAUACACGAUUAAUAUGCUCCAAAUCUCGUGUCGCACCAGUUAAUUCUGUGAGUCUCCCUCGCUUAGAGCUAUGCGGUGCACUUCUCUUAUCAACUUUAUACAAUGCAGUCCGUGAAUCAUUUACUCUUCAAAUCGAAGACACAUAUUUAUGGUGCGAUCCCACGAUAUCUCUGCAUUGGAUUCAUACCGCACCUUAUCGUCUCAAAACCUUUGUAGCAAAUCGAGUCGCAGAAAUUCAAAAAAGGACUGUAAACUGUCACUGGCGGCAUAUACCUUCUGCAGAUAAUCCUGCUGACUUCGUAUCUCGCGGUCAACUUCCCGCUGAAUUCGCCGUAAAUGCAAUGUGA